GCCGCCGCGGCUCUGCCUCAUUCUCGAGCUCGCGCUUCCCCACAGCUGUUGCCUUUCGUUACCCCCGCACAGCUGCUGUUGUCUGCGGCGCGCGCUCUCCCCGCUGCCGCCUCAUCGCGGCGCCGGGUAACCGGUAAGCCUAAAAUGACUACCGUGCGAAUGCAGUAGAAUAAAUGGCGUCAAAAGUAACAGAUGCUAUAGUCUGGUAUCAGAAGAAGAUUGGGGCAUAUGAUCAACAAAUAUGGGAAAAAUCUGUUGAACAAAGAGAAAUCAAGGGUCUGAGGAACAAGCCAAAGAAAACUGGACAUGUGAAGCCAGACCUCAUAGAUGUCGAUCUUGUAAGAGGAUCUGCCUUUGCUAAAGCAAAACCUGAAAGUCCUUGGACCUCUCUGACCCGAAAAGGAAUUGUUCGAGUAGUUUUCUUUCCAUUUUUCUACAGGUGGUGGUUACAAGUGACAUCAAAUGUCAUCUUUUUCUGGCUGCUUGUUCUUUACCUUCUACAAGUUGCCGCAAUAGUAUUAUUCUAUACAGCAGCAAGCCCACAUAACAUACCUCUGACUGAAGUAAUUGGGCCAAUAUGGCUAAUGUUGCUACUUGGAACUGUGCAUUGUCAGAUUGUUUCAACACGAACUCCUAAACCACCACCUAGCACAGGGGGUAAAAGAAGAAGGAAAUUAAGGAAAGCAGCACAUUUGGAAGUACAUAGGGAAGGAGAUGGCUCUAGUACCACAGAUAACACACAGGAGGGAACAGUGCAGAGCUACGGUACAAGCACCCCUUACAGUAUUGGCGCCGUCUUCAGAGAUAUCUGGCAUGCUGCUUUCUUUUUAACAGGAUCAAAGAAAGCAAAGAAUUCAAUAGAUAAAUCAACAGAGACUGAUAAUGGCUAUGUCUCCCUUGAUGGGAAAAAGACAGGUAAAAGCAGUGAAGAUGGAGUACAGACCCAUGAGCCUCACUGUGAAGUGAUUAGGCCAGAAGAGGGAGGUUGGAGCACAGGAACUGUGAGAAACACAUACAACAAUCAUAGUCCUCACAAAGAUACACACAGGACAGUAACAAAUGUAUCUGAUGAAGUUUCAAGUGAGGAGGGACCUGAAUCUGGAUAUCCCUUACGCCGUAAUGUAGAACGUGCUUCUAGUGACUGUGCUCUUCGAAACAGGAAAUCCCACCAUUAUAAGAAACACUACCCUGUGGAGGAUACCCCUAAAUCAGGUACUAGUUGCAGUUCACGAUGUUCAAGUUCCAGACAAGAUUCUGAGAGCACAAGACCUGAAUCGGAAACAGAAGAUGUGCUCUGGGAAGAUCUGUUGCACUGUGCAGAGUGCCGGUCUUCCUGUACCAGUGAGACAGAUGUAGAAAACCCUCAAGUUAAUCCUUGUGUGAAAAAAGAAUAUAGAGAUGACCCAUUUCAUCAGAGUCAUUUGCCCUGGCUCCAUAGUUCCAAUCCAGGACUAGAAAAAGUAAGCGCUAUUGUAUGGGAGGGUAAUGAUUGCAAGAAAGCUGAUAUGUCAGUGCUUGAAAUCAGCGGCAUGAUAAUGAACAGAGUGAACAGCCACAUGCCAGGAAUAGGAUACCAGAUUUUUGGAAACGUAAUCUCUUUAAUCCUGGGUUUAACUCCAUUUAUAUUUCGACUUUCCCAAGCUAAGGAUUUGGAACAGCUAGCUACACAUUCUGCUACUGAACUUUAUAUUAUUGCAUUUGGGUCAAAUGGAGACAUACCUGUUCUUUCUAUGGUUAUAAUAAGUUUUGUAGUCCGUGUGUCCCUUGUAUGGAUUUUCUUUUUUCUGCUAUGUGUAGCAGAGAGAACAUACAAACAGAGGCUUCUUUUUGCCAAACUCUUUGGUCAUUUAACAUCUGCUAGAAGGGCAAGAAAAUCAGAGAUUCCUCACUUCCGGCUGAAGAAAGUGCAAAAUAUAAAAAUGUGGCUCUCUCUCCGGUCCUAUUUGAAGCGGCGAGGUCCUCAGCGGUCAGUCGAUGUAAUAGUUUCAUCUGCCUUCUUAUUGACUAUUUCAGUUGUAUUUACCUGCUGUGCUCAGUUGCUUCAUGUGCAUGAGAUCUUCCUUGAUUGUCACUACAAUUGGGAACUAGUGAUUUGGUGCAUUUCAUUAACUCUCUUUCUCCUAAGAUUUGUUACACUUGGAUCUGAAACAAGUAAAAAAUACAGCAAUACCUCAAUAUUACUUACUGAGCAGAUAAAUCUAUAUUUGAAAAUGGAGAAGAAGCCUAAUAAGAAGGAGGAACUGACACUAGUAAACAAUGUUUUAAAACUUGCUACUAAACUCCUGAAGGAAUUGGACAGCCCCUUCAGGUUAUAUGGGCUUACAAUGAACCCACUGCUUUAUAACAUCACCCAAGUUGUCAUCCUGUCUGCUGUUUCUGGUGUUAUCAGUGACUUGCUUGGAUUUAAUCUAAAGCUCUGGAAGAUCAAAUCAUGACAAUACACAAAGAGAAGAUGUAGCACAGUAUUCUGGCAAAAUGCAUUGAUUGACUAAACUGCCUCAGAGCAGUCACUGAAUCUGUGCUUUGGAAGCUAUGGCCUCUUCAAGGAUGUAGUUUGGAAAACUGAAGUGUUUACAUCUGAUUGUCUUGUGCAAUCUUUAUAUUUAUUUUAUCAUCUCAGUUUUUUAUGUUUUAGCUGACAUUUUGUAUUUUAUUUUCAAGUAUUGGUAUGCUUAGUUAUGGAAAGGGUUAGAAAACUGAUAUCCAGUUACUUGAGAUCCUGGUAAUUGGUCACACUAAAUUACUGUAUCUUUUGUGAAAGCUAAAUACCAAUGCUAAGCUUUUAUACUUCAUAAUUUAUGGGUAAAAACAGAAUAUUUGUAGAUUGUUACAGUAGAAAUGAUACAUAUUUACAAAUAACUUAAAGUACUGACAAUACAGUAUGACAGAUAGUGGAAAUGUUUUAUGUUAACGCUAGAAGCAAGCUGGUUUCUUACUUUUUUUGAGUGAGUCCAGGAUCUAAACUGAUUAAGCUGCAGUUUAAUCACCCUUGGAUAUUAAUAAGGUAUUACAUAACAGGUCAACAAGUACUCUUUAAUAACACUUUUAUUAGAGCAAUAAUUGUAAAUGGUUAACAUGCUGUAAGAUAUUUUGAUAAAAUUAACUAUUGUAUUUAUUUGAAACACUGGGCUAUUCGCACAGAUUCAACUGUGCAUGCUCAGUAUGUGCACUUUUUAUUGUUACUUUUAAUUAGGACCUUUAUAUAUAGUAAAGGGAAUAUAUUAUGGUGGACUGUGGAGCAAUAUAUUAUUUUUGCAAUCUGAGUAUUUGGACUUCACUUAUGAGUGAAAAAGUUGUUAAUGGAAGAUGGUAAAUUAUAUACUCUCAAGAAUAGGACAGAUACUCUCCCAUAGUACACUAUAGUAUAUGCUGUUUAUACCACACUUAACUUUAAGAACAGUUGUUAAAAAAAGAAA